CCCGCUGGGCCUGCCUCAGGCAUGGCCGCCGGCCCCGCGUCCCACGGCGGGCUCCCCCGCACGCAGAGGCCGCAUCUGAGCAAGAUGGAGCGGAUGGUCGUGAGUAUGCAGGACCCCGACCAGGGCGUGAAGAUGCGGAGCCAGCGCCUGCUCAUCACCGUCAUUCCUCACGCAGUGACUGGCAACGACGUCAUGGAGUGGUUGAUCCACAAGUACUGCAUCACAGAGGAGGAGGCCCUGCACCUGGGCACCCUCCUAGUGCGGCAUGGCUACCUAUACCCACUGCGAGACCCCUGCCACCUCGAGCUCCGGCUGGAUGAAACGCCCUAUAGGUUUCAGACGCCCUAUUUCUGGAUGAGCACCCUGUGGCCAGCCGCUGAGCUGGACUAUGCCAUCUACCUGGCCAAGAAGAACAUCCGAAAGCGGGGGGGCCUGUUUGACCACGAAAAGGAGCACUAUGACCAGCUGCACAGGAAGAUCAGCCACACGUGGGACCUGGUAGUGAUGCAGGCGAGAGAGCAGCUGUGGGCAGCUAAGCAGCGCAGGAAGGGGGACAGGCUGGUCAUCGCAUGCCAGGAGCAGACGUACUGGCUGGUGAACAGGCCCCCGCCCGGGGUCCCCAGCGUGCUGGAGCAAGGUCCAGAGCGGAAUUCCUGCACUGCUGGGCGAGUGCAGAUGACCAAGACCGUGGAUUUCUACAGGCGGGAGGUCGAGUGCUUACGAAAGGCACUGGGCAGGGCCCGGGUGAAGUCUUCCGUCUGCCUCGAGGCGUACCUGAAAUUUAGCAGCCAGCGUGUGCCGCACGACCCCAUCAUGUCGGGGUGCCUGCCCAGCAACCCCUGGGUCACAGACAACGAUACCUACUGGGCCAUGAAUGCACCCAGCGCGGCCGUGCCCACAAGGCUCCGUGUGGAGCAGUGGGCCUUCAGCUUCCGGGAACUCUUGGAAGACCCUGUGGGACGGGCCCGUUUCAUGGACUUUCUCAGUAAAGAGUUCAGUGCUGAGAACCUCAGCUUCUGGGAGGCCUGUGAGGAGCUGCGCCACGGAGGGCAGGCCCAGGUCCCCGCCCUGGUGGACGCCGUGUACCAGCAGUUCCUGGCCCCCGGUGCUGCCCGCUGGGUCAACAUUGACAGCCGGACGAUGGAGCGGACGCUGGUGGGCCUGGGCCGGCCGCACCGCCAUGUGCUGGACGAUGCCCAGCUGCAUAUCUACAUGCUGAUGAAGAAGGACUCCUACCCGAGGUUCCUGAAGUCGGAUUUGUACAAAGACCUGCUGGCGGAGGCUGUGGUGCCCCCGGAGACCAAGCGACGGGUGUUCCCGUUCAUGCGGAAGCCACGCCAUUCCAGCCCCAGCCCUGCUCUCCUUCCUGCCUCUGCCUCCAGGGAGCCCUCGGGUGGUGACGGGGAGGCCUAGGUGGGCCUGGGCAGGGGCAGAAUGGGGCCAUCUUGCCCUCAUCAACUCCUCUUGCCCAGGGUCCUUGCAGCCACUGAGACUCCCUGGCGCGGGAGUCCCCUCAGACCCCGAGCGCCCGGCCUUACGGGGGCACCGACCUCACGGGGGCACCGACCUCUGUGGCUUCCACCUUUCCCCUUGUCACACCCUCCCCCAGAAGGGGCUGUUCGGGUGCUGAUUCCCAGGGCAGGGGUGCCCUGGACUGAGACAAGAUGGCAGCACACCUGGCAUUCCACGCCGGUUCCCACCCCGCUGGUGACUCCCCGGGCAAGAUUCAUAAUCAGGUGGCUGCCAGCAGGGCGCGUGGGCAUGCAGGGGGAGGUGCUGCUCCCACUGGGCCGUGGCCUCUCCACCUCCGUGGCCACCCGAGGCCCAUGGCUUCUCCCCAGUGUUGUACAGAGAUGGCUCCAGCAUCGUUGCUCCUCCAACAGCCAGCCCUGGUUCACAGCCAGGGCGGCAGAGCCUCUGGGGAAAGACACCAGGGAGUCCCCACUCCGAGGGCCCCCCGAGACUCAGCUGCUCCUUUGGGAGUACAGCCAGACUGGCUCAGCUGGGGCAGCGCCACCCCUCCCUCAGGGCUGCCCACACCCUCCCGCUCCCAGCGCAGAAAUAAAAGACCUUUGGGUCCUCACUCUGAGCCUGUCCUGCUGUGGUCCAAAUCGUGGUGGGUGCACAUGUGGUGGGUGUGCUUGUGGUGGGUGUGCAUGCACGUGUGGCGUGUGGGUGAGGAAUGCACUGGUGAGGGAGGUGGUGAAGGACAACAGGAAGUUCAGGUGUCAGAGGCAGUGGGUGGAGGAUCCCUUGUGUGGGGUCUGUAGGCCUUGGGCUGGGCUCAGGCUGCAGACUUGGGGAGACAGUGGGGAGCUUGUGCUCUGGUGGCACACGGAUGCCUGAGUCUUCCAGGGGAGAGUGAGCACAGAGUCCAGGAGGCUGUCUGGUGUUGAACCCAGCCUCUCCAGGGUCAGCUGUGCCCUAAGACAUCACAGUGACAGGGAGCACAGUGCGGGCUUUAUUUACAAGUCCAGGGUGCACUGGUGAGGUUGUCUCCGGGGCAGCCCAGACCCCAAACUCCUGCACAUCAUCCUGGAACCUAAAGGCUGGUCCCUGCCCAGAGCCGGCUCCUCCAUCCUCCGCUGUGGACCCAGACCUGGGCCCUUGGGCCCGGGUGGCUUCUCACAGGGACACGGAAUCCAACCCCUCAACCUCAGCCUUGUUGUUGCCUCCCAGGCCUUCACAAGGAGAAACAGACCUGGUUCUGGAAGCAGGCUUGUCACACGUAAGCGCCUUCAGGAAAUUCCUGCAGGAUUCUCCACAACAGCCCCCAUCACUUUGGUAACCCAAACCUUUGUCUCACUGAAGCCCCCUGGGCUCCUGCUGCCUGGGCGGCUACCAGAGCUCAGUCCUGGAGGACACAGGUGCUGGGGGGGACCCCCUGCCUGUCCCGGGUGGGAGAGUGCCCACAGGCUGGGUUCCUAGCCUGCUGUGGGUGAGCAGGGUGGGAACCACAGACCUGAGAUGCACUUGGAGGCCGUGCUGGACGCUCCCAGUCUCUGAUUGGGUGGUGUGGGUGCUGGCCUCACCUCCCCAGCAGCCUUUCCCACUGAUCCAGCAGACAAACACAGGCACACAUGGGGCUUUCCAGACAGUGCAAAACCAGUGUUUAUUCUGAUUUCUUCCCGAGGCACCCGCGGUCAUCAGGCUGCUUGCUUUUGUCCGGGCACGGCUGAGUCCCACAGCACCAGGCGGGUCUGGGGUGACCAAGGCACAGAGGUGAGUCUUGCAUCAGGUGACACCGACUGUGGGGGGGUGUCCAAGCACCAGGAAGGAGGGGCCGCUGGCCACACCCAGGGGUGCAGGGAUCCCUGAGGGACAAGGAGCUCCAGUGUGUACCCAGGGGUGCACGCUGACCCCAGGGCACAUCCUGGGGCCAGGUCCUCGGGACACUCACAGCUCAAGGCAGCCCAUCCGUCACAUCCUCCCAGGACCCAUUCCUCAUGGGCCCUGUCAUGGGCUCUCCAGGGCGAGUUACCACCAACCACACCAGGGUGUGGGCCUGCGUCAAGCCACCAGGGCCCACCACCCUCUGAGCUCCACGACCCCAGGGAGACAGUGCAGAGAAGGCAAGGCUCAGACAGAAAGAGGGAGGGGAUUCUGCAGCCAAGGCUCUGGCCAGGCAUGGAGGAGUGAGGGUGAGCUGCUGCCAGCACAGGCUCUGCCCAGGGAGACCUGGGUGGGGCUCGGAGUGGGGACCUGAGUGAGGACCUGGCAUGCUGGCGGGAGAGGGGAGAGGCCCUGGCACGUCCCUGGGGUAACGGGCCCAGUGGAGAGCGUCGCCAGGUCACCAGGUCGGGAGUCGGCGUGCAGACCGAGCCAGUGAAGGGCUGACUUCCCAGGAUGUGAAAUUUCAGCAGCCACCUCCGCUUCGGGCUCUGGCCAAACCACGUCUAGGCCUCGUUCCGGUACCGUAGGCGAGAGAACCGGUCCCUGACGGCCUGGUCGCUGUCGGGGCCACCCUCAGCCAGGCGGACUACCUUGCUGCUCGGGAUGAGGUCCCGCACCUUGUGUUUGGCCACAGAGACCAGGCCGGGUGGAUCCGGGCUGGCCGGGCCCGUCAGGAGAAUGUAGGCAGCGUGGCGGCUCGGCUCAAGCAGAACCACUGUGGGGACAUGGCCAUCAGGUCCCGGGACCAGCCAGCACAGGCCUCCCAUGGCUGGCAGCCUGGGCCCAUGCGGGGCGCACUCACCCUGGAAGGUGACAAUAGGGGUGGAGAUGUUGGCCAGUUCCAGCAGGACUCCGGGCUGCGUGGGGUGGAACAUGUACAGGUGGUGCCCGGUGGCUCCGGGCUCCUGCAGGGAGUGCAGCGGGGGCAUGAGGCUGACCCUCCUGGACGCUCCUGACUGGGACCACACCCAGAGCUGUGUCCGCCGGCAUCCCACAAAACACCCACCUCCCGCCCCCCUUCCCCACCUGACCCUGACCCUUCUCGGUUGUCUUCCAGCUGCCACGCCUCGCACCCACUUCCUCCCAGAAAGCCCAGACCCCCUUUUCCUGCCCGCCCUGCAUGGCUUCUAUCUAUCUGCACUCACCCAGCCACCGGCUCCACCCCAUGCCACAAACCAGGACCCAAGACUGUACCGUCUGGUUGGCACCAGCCAGCUCGUGGAGGCCCCAGAAGAAGAAGGCGGAGCGGUGGUCUGCGGUGGGAAGGCUGGCGGACCGCGGGUCCCUGGGGAGGCCUGGGAGAGCCUGGCUCCACAGGACAGCCCCGGAGCUGAGGUCCAGCAGCAGGAUCUGCAGAGGGAGGGGCAGCACAGGGUUGCGUCCCAGAGGGCGGCUCACCGAAGCCUCUGGUCCCUGCUCAGCCUAUGGCUCAGACCAGCUUCCCUCAGCUACGGGCAAAGGCCCUUCACUGAGUGGCUGCAGAGGGAGGUGCCUGUGAACAAAGAAGAGCCUUGCGUCACCUGUCAGCGGGUGAUGACUUCGAGUCCCUGGAACGACAGCGGGAGCCACCAGCCCCACACCUGCUUCCUCCCAGGUGCCAGCAGGCCCACGAGGGAGGCCGCCCUGGGGCAGCGGAUGCCACGUACCGCAGGGGAUGAGGACGUAGUGGGCACCUGCACUGGUGACAUAGAGGAUGAAGCCGCUGGUCCCGUCCACACCCAGGCUGCCCGGGGGGCCGACUUGCUGCCCGGUGCCGCUUGAAUAGACGUAGCCGUUGACCUGCAGCACACGGAGGAGAAGGGGAGCAGGCCCACCCGCUGGGUCGAACCUAUAGUGUCUGAUGCCAGGAGACGUGGGGCCGCCCGCACCAUCCUCAGAGCUGUGCCCAUGGCACCAGUGGGAAGCGCACUCUCUGCCACUCUUGGGGGGCCCAGAAGUGCCCGCUGGGUCUGCAGGCACCCGAGCUCGGGGCAGCGGGGGAGGCCAGUGGCUGGAACGAGAGCUGUACCUGGUUCUCCUCCUGGGUGAGGACCAGCAGGUCUGGGACCCCGUCAGCAUCAAUGUCAGGCACCUGGAGCAGAGGGCUCAGGACGGACACGUUCCCCCCGAAGCUGCUGGGAUGGCUCCACAGGGUCUCCCCUAAAACCAAGCACAGGGCCCGUGUGCUGCCAUGGAAAAAGACAGGCGUGUGUAGUCGCCUGGUGCCCAUAGGCACGUGUCAGCAGCGUCACUUUGGGGCAGCACAGCCCCCUCCUUUCUUCUCAUCCUGUUUCCAGUGUUUGGCUGACGCAGAUCCUCCCCCUCAGAUGGGUAGGGCCUGGCCUCCCUGCCGCCCACUGGGGUCACACAUGCAGCCUCUGCCCCGUGCACAGGACGAGAAUGAAAGUGCAGCCUUGUGGACGGACCCAGGGACUGAGGUCCUGACCUGACAGCAUGUGACCCGAGUAUGAUCUGCCCACGCCCGUGUUUAGUCAGAUUCUUCUCUUCUCAAAAUAUUUCUAGCUUGCUCUUUAUUCUCCUCCCUACUCUUAAAACCACAACUUACAAAGGAAGUGCUGCUACCCCCAAACCUAGCAUCAAGGCACAGAAUUCCUUAGGGCUUCGGAAAAGGACCAGGGCCUGUUGCCUUAAGGCAGGUCUCAGGGCUCGAGCUAGCCAGGCCCACACACCCCAUCCCUGGGGCCUGCCCAGUGAGCGGGCGUCAGCAAUGCCCCCACCCCCUCCAGGUGCCAUGCCGCAGGCACAGGCGGGACUCAGGAGGGGACGACAGUGAAGUGUGACUCCUCAUGGGGCGUCCCCCUCCCACCCGUGCCUUCCUUCCUAUCCAGCCACACCGCCCACAAGAGCCCGGGCUGACCCUCCUCAGAGCAUCCUGGCAUCGGACCCGUGUGCGGAGGCCUGGGGGACACGGGAAGCAGCCUACCUGUGACCGAGUCUACCGCAAUGAAAGGGCCAGGUCUGCCGAGGAUGAUGCAGGCAGAAGACGCCCCGCUGCCCCUCGGCUGGGGGACACCGCACUCCACAAGGGCCCUGUUCUGGGCCACGGGCCUCUCCCAGAGGACGGUGCCGUUGGCCCCCGACACAGCGGCCACGAAGGUGCAGGGGGAGGAAAAGCCUGGAGGGAGAGACCCAGGUCUGCAGGGCUGAGCGUGCCGGCCUCGUGCUGUGGCCCUGCCCUGGACUCUGUCCCUGGAUCCCUGGUGUUGACCCCAUGGGGUCAGCAGCCCAGUGAGAAGGUGAGUGACAUGAAAGUUCCCAGAAAUUCCACCAACUGCUUCCCCCAAAACCGAGAGGGCGAGGGGAUUCCUCCUCCUGCAGGGAGCUCAUUUUUUGGGUAAAAACAAAAUUACCUUCAUCAGCACAGGAGAGGCUGAAAUUGCUUCUGCUGCUGUUGGUGUUUUUAUAAAGAAAGAGAACAUCCUGGAUCCUGUCCUUGUUCACGUCUUCUGUGGCCAGAAAGUCAUAGGCAACUGAAAAGGAAACCACCGGCUACUUUCCCAGGCCAGGCCUGACGCACCCCACUCUGGGCGCCGUGGGGCUGAGUGCCAGGUGCAGCUGCCCACGGAGCAACCACAGGGAAGCGCUGCUUCCUCGUGGGCUGGCAGCUCCACACCCCUUCAGAGCAGCAGCAAUUCUUCAUCACUUGGGUGUCAGUUGGUAAGGACACCUGGGCAUCACAAAUGGACGUUCUGCACACCUUCUGCUCAGGGCCAAGUCCCUCCCCAAUCAGACUGGGGUCUGGAGUCCACAGGUCCACACUCACAGGGGCUACCUCUUCCUUCAUUCAAGGACUCAAAUGAUAAACUACAUGCUUUAAAAUCAAACACCAAAGGAACAAAAUGAGGCCCUUACCUUACUCCAUAUACAAAAAUGAAUUCAAAAUGGAUCAAAGACCUAAACUUAACAGCUGAAACUGUAAAACUCUUAGAAGAAAACAUAGGGGUUGGUUUUGGCAAUGAUAUCUUGGAUAUGACACCAAAAGCACAGGCAGGAAAAGAAAAAAAUAAGUAAAUUGUACUUCAUCAAAAGACACCAUCGAGGGAGUGAAAAGACAGACCACAGAAGGGGAGAAAAUAUUUGCAAACCAUACCUCUGAUAAGGGAUUAAUAUCCAGAACAUACAAAGAACUCCUACAACCCAACAACAAAAACAAACAACCCAAUUCAAAAAUGGGCAAAAGACUUGAAUAGAUGUUUCUCCUAAGAAGAUAUACAAAUAGUCCAUAAACACAUGAAAAGAUGCUCAACAUCACUAGUAAUAAGGGAAAUGCAGACCACAACCGUGAGGGGACCUCCCUGGUGGCGCAGUAGUUAAGAAUCCGCAUGCCAAUGCAGGGGACACGAGUUCAAUCCCUGGUCUGGGAAGAUCCCACAUGCCUCGGAGCAACUAAGCCUGUGUGCCACAACUACUGAGCCCGUGUGCCCUACAGCCUGUGCGCCACAAGUACUGAGCCCACGUGAUGCAACUACCGAAACCCAAAUGCUCUGGGGCCUGCGUGCCGCAACUACUGAGCCCAUGUGCUGCAACUACUGAAGCCCGCGCCCCUAGAACCGGUGCUCUACAACAAGAGAAGCCACCGCAAUGAGAAGCCCACGCACCGCAACGAAAAGCAGCCACCACUCACAGCAACUAGAGAAAACCAGUGCACAGCAACGAAGACCCAAUGCAGCCAAAAAUAAAAAUAAAAUUAUGAAAGCAGGGACUCAGACAGUUACUUGUACAUGAAUGUUCAAAGAAGCAUUAUUUACAACAGCCAAAAGGUGAAAAUAACCCAAGUGUCCAUGGAUAGAAGAAUGGAUAAACAAAAUGUGAUCCAUCCAUACAAUGGAGUAUUAUUCACCCAUAAAAAGAAACGAAGUUCUGCAACACGCUACAACAUGGAUGAACCUCGAGGACAUUAUGCUCAGUGAAAUUAGCCAGUCACAAAAAGACAGACAAUUCCAGUUAUAUGAGGUACUUAGAACAGGCAUAUUCUAGAGACUAAAGUGGAACAGAGGUUACCUGAGGGUGGACAGGAGGGCAGGAUGGGAGCUGCUGUGUGUUGGGCACAGAAUAUCUGUUUGAGAUGAUAAAGGUUUUGAAAAGAGU